AUGCUUGGCAGCGAAUUGAGACCUCGCGGAACGAGUCGUUUAUGCACACCAACCAAAUUUAUUUCACAUUUGACCGAAGAUCCCUUUUCAAAAUGCAUGGUAAGCAUGAAAUAUUCAUUUUUUCACCUGAAAAAGAGUUUUUUUUGUUUAGAAAUGCAAUCACCCUUUAAGUGGCAUCACAAAACUUCCAAAAGUUAUUGAUGAUUUAUCAAUUGUCUUGAAUUGUGGACAUGUAUUCUGUAACAAAUGUGUGCAUAUGAAUGGUGAGUUAACCUAACUUGAGAUGAGUUAUAAUUUCAAAAUAUUACCCUGUUUUUUUUCAGAUUUCGCUACAGUAAAUCGAGGUCGACCUGGACAUUGUCAACAUGAUUUUCAAUGCGGAAUUUGCGGUUUGAUGAGUCCUCCUCUAACCGUCCCCAAUCAUGUUCGAAUUUGUGCACAAAAAUAUUCGCCUGUCAUAAACGAGGAUUGUAAAUGCGAGAUCUGUCUUAUGAAAAAGAGCAAGAAUGUUGAAAAACGUCCAAGUCUGAACAAUAUCGCAUUUUGUGGAAUGCACAAAGAGCACAUUGUCAAAUAUUUCUGUCUGGAAUGUGGAAAACAUUUGUGCCAAGCUUGUUUGGAGAAAUUCAGAGAGGAUUUCUUACAAAGAGAUCAUACGCUGAUUGAUAUCACAAAAGAUAAUCCAAAACUUGAAGAUGCCUUGCUACACGGAUCAAUUAUUCAUAACAAUCUUACGACAUUGUGAGUUUGUUUUUUGAUUUUGAAAAUUGAAAGUUAGAAGCUUCUUCUUCAAGAACAUUGUAGACUAAAAAAAUAUUGGGAAUCAAUUUGGAGAAGGCUUCAAGUUAGAGUAAAGUUAGGACAGGAUUCAAGCUUGCUUCAUUCAAAUUAUGAAUCAAUUUUUGUUUUUUGAAACCUGAAACUCCUGAAAGUUUGACUAAAGUUUAGCAGUUCUGAAAGAAAGCCCAAAACUUGAACUUGAUCCUAACUGAAGCGUAAAACUGAAAAAUCUAGAAUGCAAUCAAAAUAUUUUCCAGAGAAAUGGACGCAAAAACCUCCCUCGACGCAUUCAUCAAACGUUCGGAAAACCUCAAAAACUCGAUGGGUUGCUAUUUCAUAUCAAUCAUCAACGCGGCCAUCGGACGUUUCUGUCAAAUUCAAUCAGCAAUUCAACUCGAAGAAGAAAAAAUGCGAAAAACCUAUGAAGACGUCAAAAAAGAUGUUCGCGACGCGAAACGACGCAUCGAAAUUGGCAAAGAGAUGGACGAUUUGGCGCGCAACAAAAAAUUGAUGCCCGAACAAUUUGUGGCGGAUAGUUAUAAAAUGUCGGCACAAAAAAUCUUUCGAGAAGCUGUCAAACUUCACAAUCGAACUAUUGUAAGUUUCAUUCAUUUUAUCUGAAUAAUCCAAUAAUCAUUUUUUUAUUCCAGCGUGACGUAAAAGUGAUCAAAUCACACACUCUUCAAUUCAGCAUGCGUAGACAAGUUGAUGAACUUGUUCGCGAAGUUUCCCAUGUGUUCUCUGCAUUUACAACAACAAAUACAAGUGUUGUGGUGAAUUAUGAGAUUAAACCGUUUACAAAACUUUACUCACCUGGCAAUCAAGUUAUUAUUGAUAUGCCCGAGACUAAUUUGAAAUUGAAAAAUGUAAGUUUUUUUGAAAAAAAAAUUUUUGACACAAAAAUAUAAAUUUUCAGUCUGAUUUCUCAACGCGAAACUGUGUGGCAAAACUCAGAGAAGAUGGUUUCUCACGUUUCAAAUCAGCCGUAACAGCGUGCGGUUUGAAAAACACUGAUCUCUCAAAUCUUCACGCAACAUUGAUUCCUCUGAAAUUGCGUGAAAAAUUGAUGGAUAACCCACGAGUUGAUCAUCAGUAUUUACCAUUAUCAAUUCCGGAUUCGACACCAAACUCUUCGCUGAGCUCACCGGCUUCAAGAACAUCAACGUUGAGUUCACCAGCAUUACCAAAAACCGAUGAUCGAUCAAAAAAGCAGGAAGAACUUUUGCAUAUGAUUCGUGGUGCAAAUGGUGGAAGUCGUAAUCCAGCACCGAUCAAUUUUCAAACUCCAACUCCAAUUACAACACCGAUUCCAAUACCUAUACCAGUUCGAGAUGAGAGCAAAAGAAAAUUGAUUCCCAACAAAAAAUAUGCGAAUGAUGUACAACCAGAGCAAAUAACUAUAACUACAAGGGGCUCCAAAUAUGAUCGAAUGACUGAAAAAUUGAUGGCUGGCAAUUCGGAAGCUUCUUCUUCAUCAGCAUCAUCAUCAUCACUUCCGAAACCUGGUCCUUCUUCUUCUCAACCAUCAACUUCAAAGACUGGGCCAAAAGAUCCGAUGAACAUCUCGAUUUCCAGCGAGUUUAUGAACAAGCUUUAUAAUUCGGCACAAUUCAAAGCGCUUUCCCCAGACCAUCAAUUUUAUGUGUUGAAACAGGCUCAAAAAUUGAGCGAAGCUGAAGAUCAACGUAGAAAGAAUCCCAAUUUCAAUGAUACUGAUCAUAUGGUCAUUUUGCAAAUCAAUCAAGUUCGACUUCAAACACUGAUCACAAAAUUGUUCAACGUUGAAAAGAAUGCAGCAUCAGCAACAUCGAAACAAAUUCAAUCAGCUCUCAAACUUCCGCACGCCAUGACACCUGACACAAUCAGCAGUCUAUCGACACGCUCUAAACCUGUUGCACCAGAUAUGGCUUCGAGACGUGCUCCGCCACCACUUCCGGUCAGACAACAAGUACCGGCAGCAGCAGCUGCUCCACGUGUCAGUGGAUUAUUGCCGCAGGCGCCAAUCAAAAUCGAAGAAGACCAAGAAGAAGAGGAAGUUGAUGUCAAGCCGGAUGUUGAAAAAUUGAAACAACAAAUGCAAGCGGCAUCAACUGUAACAUUGGCCGAGGAAGAGAAACCACUUUUGAUUGAACCACCGCCGGUUAAUGGAAAUGAGAUUGUUUUGAUGAGACCACCGCCUGGAGUUGCGGCGGCACAAUUGGCUGCUGAAGCAUCGGCGUCGACAAGAACGAUGCCAACACCAACAACUCCGACAAAACCAGCAAUUCAAGAUGGACCAGAUGGACGAUUGAUUUUGAGAGUGAGUUUGAGACAAAUUCUGGAAUCUGAAUCGGAAUAUUUUCUCCAAAAUGACCCCAAAACUCUUGCAGCUUCCACGUCCAACACCAAAAUCAUCAUCCUCAGCUGGAGAAACUCCCGAACAUCCGGACCCACCAAAGCCCGACUCUCUUCUCCCAACAAUCGAUGAAUGCAAACAAGCUGGCGCAUUAUUACCACCAACUGAAGAAGUCAUUGAUGAUCGUGAAUCGGUUCGAACUCUUGACGAUGAUGGAACACAUCGUUGGUGUUAUGUGUGUAAUGAUGAUAAGCAAGAUCGACUUGAAGAAGAAAAGGGAAUUUGUACUACUUGCCCAAGAGUCUUCCACAAAUCGUGCACAAUUCCACAAUUGAGAGUCGCCUGGAGUGAAGAGUGAGUUUCUUAAGUUCGAAAGAUGUUUUGAAUCCAAAUAUAUUUCAGUGAGAAUUGGCAAUGCAUUUUCUGCAAAACUGCGCCGAUCAAAAUUGAAGGCGAAUCAAAAACCUUGAUGACUCCUCGAAACAGAUUCCUUUGUCAAACUGUGCUGAUGAAAUGUUUUGGCACCAAAAGAGCAUCUUAUCUCAUGAGAUCUUAUGCUGUAAGUGUUUUUUUUUUGAAUACAAAAACCUUUUGACAAACCAAUUUAGGAUCCUGAAAAGACUUUGGAAGUCGUCGGUCAUCGUUUAGAAGAGGAUCAUCCGAUGUCAUUUGAGACGGUUGACGAAUUCAUCGAAGCGCUCAAUAAUGUUCUCAUCAAUGCAUCGAUUCAUAAUUCGGCAGCAUCGGAGAAGGGCAAAGGAACGCAGAAAGUUUGGAUGUUGUAUCGAAAAGCGGUCAAGGAUCAUUUGCCGGAAUUUGUUGGCGAAGUCUGGCUUUAUAUUUCACUUUAUGGUUGCUCGUUGAAUAAGAGAGUGAGUUUGUUUGAAGAAAUCGAUUUUAGAUGUUCUUAAAAUGUUGAGUCUCUGGGUUCUACGAACUUUCCUGUAGAUCAGAAACAUCAGAUUCUAAAAUAAUCUCCUAGAUAUCUCCCUAAUCUUUCUCCAACUAACAUUCGAAUUUUUCAGAGAUCCGCUACUCUUCGAAAUCAGCCACCUGGCAAGAAACGCAAGACAACUCCAUAA